CAGCAGCUGGUAGUGAGUUGCUCGAGCAGCCAGCAGGGAGCAACCAACGAUCAACACGGAGCGCACACAUUUCCCUCUCCAUGUGAGAAAAACCUGAGCCGUCUACCGUCUACAGGCGACUGGGGGGAGAAAAAAAUAUGCCGUUCGGACGCCGGACGUGUUCCCUCCGCGGCCUUUGAGUCAUCGUUGUGAGCAGGUUCUCGUUUCGGAGGAUUCCUCCCUCCAUCCUCCGGAUCGCACCGAACAGGCAAUGACAACGGUCGCGGCUACCCCGCAGCAGAUGAGGGACCGGCUGCUGCAGGCCAUCGACAGUCACAGCAAUAUAUGCAAUAUGGUGGCUGUAUUGGAGGUAAUCUCCUUUCUUGAAAAGUAUCCUAUCACCAAAGAAGCACUUGAGGAAACUCGACUGGGAAAACUGAUCAAUGAUGUAAGGAAGAAGACCAAGAAUGAAGAUCUUGCCAAGCGCUCUAAGAAGCUCUUACGGACAUGGCAAAAGCUGAUUGAACCUGGGCCAGCUGUUGCUGCCAGUGCCCCCGGCUCCACCAAUGGCAGUUCUCAUCCCUGCAGAACCGAUGCCUCUCCUCCUGACAUUUUGGUGUCCGGGAAGGGAGUCCCUGAAGUCAAAAUCAGGAACGACGUUCACAACACAUACUCGCCAAAAGCCGAGAAAUCAAGCAGCCGCAAACGACGAGCGGAUCCCAGGGACAGUGGAGUGCACUUACUGGAAAAGAUCUCCAAGAUGUCUUCGUUUGACGUCUCGGUUUCCCCACCACCCACCAAUGGGAUUGCAGGCAGUCCUGAUGUUGUGCCUGACCAGCAGGUCACCUCGUCUCCUGACAAAUCUCGCCUAGAGCACCUUGAUAACGAUAAAAUCAAUAGAAUUCCGGUAAAUGCUGUCAAGCCUCGUCCUAGCUCCCCCGGAGUGGCCAAACUACCUAGCACUUCCUCUAUGAUUAAGGUUGCUGUGAUGCAGCAACAGACCAGAUUGGAUGAAGGAGGUGGGGGGGGUUAUUACAAAGCCAAAAGUCCCCGUGGCCUCACUUCCAGUCCAAGGACCGUGAAGCAAGAAACCAUUAAACAACGCUCAUCAACAUUUGGACCAAAAGGAACACCUACCCCAAGCCCUUCAUCCAUGGACUCUCCUUUGUCUUUGUCUCAGCCUGUAUCCUCCCCAACCCAAGCUGCAUCUGCUGACAAGCUGCCCAACUCUUCUCAUAGGUCUUCGAUGCACUGGACCAGUUCGUCAGAAGUGCCCUCAUAUUGUUCACCACAAGACAUAUCUUCAACACUGGAAUCCCCGUCAGUCUCCCCUUUGCCCUCUCGACCACAACACAACUCAGAAUUACACAGACCAACUUCUGAGGGGGCCAUGCCUGUGUCUGAUGACCCAGACGGGACUCCAGUUCCCCACUCGGAGCAUAAAAAGAGGAAGUACAGGCCAAGGGACUACUCUGUCAACCUGGAUGGCCAGAAAAUAGAGGACACAUCUAAACCUGUGCGGUUAAAAGAGCGCAGAUUAACAUUUGAUCCUGUCACAGGUCAGAUCAAACCUCUGGUACACAGAGAGCCUUCUCAAACAGAGGACGCCUCCACUCCUGACCUUGCGGAGUCUAGGCAGAGAACUGAAAGCACUGUACAACAGCCCGCUGCUCCGAUCCUAUUCCCAGUCCCGGUCCAAACCCCAACCCCAGCCCCGGUCCCAGGUCCUAGCCCUAAUCCUUUCCUUCAAACAAACUGGAAGGAACUGUCCAGAAAUGAAAUCAUCCAGUCCUACUUGAACCUUCAGAGUAAUGUGCUGACCUCUUCUGGGGUCCAGGCCCCUAGUGCACACUUUUUCAUGUCACAGUAUCUGAAAAGGGAAGAACAGGAGAUCAAGGACUCCCGGAAGAGGCAUGUUCUGCAGACGGACGGUGCAGUAGAGGAUUUACCGGGUUUGAGUCGGGAGGUGACAGACGAGGACCUGGACAGGGUUCAGACACAGCACUGGCCCGGUGUGAACGGUUGUCAUGACACCGAGGGCGCCUGGUAUGAUUGGACAGAGUGCAUAUCGUUGGACCCGCAUGGGGAUGAAAGCAAAUUGAACAUCCUGCCAUAUGUUUGCCUAGACUGAGAGGGUUCGGAAAGGUUGCCGUCUUUUUCCACGCCUAUCCUUGUCUCCCCAAAGAGACAAGAUACUUUGUGAUUUUGUUUGUCCACUGUGUGUUUGGCAAAAGCCAGGCCCGCUAAACUCCCCUCCCAUUGCCUCAUGUUUCUGUGAUGAUCUAAAUUACAUUUUGGUUUCAAAAGAGUUGAGAUUAAAAUAUUGGUUAAGUUUGUAAUACCAAGGGCUGUUUCUAUUUUAUUUUUCAAGCUGAAAGCCACAGGAAUGACUCGGCCCUAGUUGCAGUGUGCUGAUCCGAACACUGAAGAGGACGGAAUUAUCCCAGAUGAUGUGAAUUUGAUGUUCUAUCUCAAUUUCAGUCUCACUGGGAGGAUGCGGUUUCUUUUUUCGUUUUUUUUUUUUUCCUUUUUAGACCUGUCUAGUUAUGUGGAGUUGCGUAUGAGGAAACGCCGGAGUUUAGCUGUCCUGUCCACACCGCCACGUCAGUGCCCAGUAAGGUGUUGAUAGAGUUCAUCUAGCACAGGUAGAGCCAAACAUGUCCAAGAGUAUAACAUCCUGGAUCAUAUUGGGAAGUUACAAUAAGCUUUAUGUGAGAUAUAAAGAGUAAAUUAUAAAUUUGUUAUGUAUACAUCUAUUUAUUUUGACCAGCUCAUUCAUGGGACGCUCAGAAACCUUUAGAUCUGUUAUUAGUUUUAGUUUUUCCAGUUUGCGCCACAAUGCUGUCAGUUUAAUCUUCAAUGUUAUAGGAGCAUACAGAUGUUUCUAGCAUGGUCCGUCUUUAAGGGGGAGGCCGAUGCAUUUGGUCCUUAACAUUCCAUACGCUCUCAACACACAGCUCCUUUUAUGCCUAUGCAAUAUCAGCGCUAGGCAAGCAAUGUAUUUAGAACAGUGAUUUGGUUUCAAAAUGGUGCAGUGUUAAUUUAAAAUGAAUAUCUCAAAUUUCUGCGCACAUUUUCCCCCAAGCUUUCGAUAUUUUGUGUCAAAACAAAUGGUACUGAUCAAUAAUUGGAUUCAGAGAGAAAAUCAUGUUUAUAUUUGUAUACUGGGACUUGCGUUUGGAUACCGUUUGCCUUCUGGUUUACCACAAUGCUUUAGCGAGUUUAACAGCCUUCGUGAAUGUACGGCAGUGAGACCUCUUAUGCACCGGUUCGUAAGUGGACAACUUGUAUGUGAACCUCUUGUUUCCUUACUGACUGAAUUCAAAUGUGAGUAGUGACUGACGCUCCCCCAAUCUUAGUGGCCAAAGUUAAUUCAGAGCUUAAGACCCAUUAAAGGUUUUUGCAGCUGUUUUGGGGAGUUUUAUAAAACCUUUAGGAUGCCGUUUGAGGAGCAUUUCUUUUUGCUUCCCUUUUCCACUACAAUCAAACCAAACAUGGGAGGAGGGAGAAAGCGUUCUGCAUCUGAUGCUUUUGGCAUUUUCCAUGAACCAUCUAAUACUUUUUGAUUUCCCUUGUCAUAAUCCUCAGUCACUACCCAUCUUUCUCACAUGACUUAAGUUAAGAUUGGCUUCUGCGCAGCCGCCGUCUUUUCAUUCUUUCAGUCAUCCCUACCAAUGUGCCUUGGUAAAUGGUAAAUCUGGAUUUGCUUCUGCAUAAAUCACGCCUGUCCGUGGAGCUGUGAGUUGCGGGAAUUGCAAGUCCCAGGAUCAGUAUGACGCUGGUAUAUGCACCGUUUCUGUUACUUUUUGUACCCGCUGAUCCAGAGAGUGAAGCUGCCGACCAUGAAAAACUGCACAACGGCGCAGCUGGCAAUAAAGGAAAAGUGCUGCAACCGGUUGAUAAGAAUCUGUUUUCUGGAGUUUUGACUGGGGCGUCUUUAUUUGUUCGGUGUUUAACAUCUCUCCAUUGUUUGAAAAUAAAAUGAUCUAAAUCUUCA